AUGUCCCUCCCACCGGGCGGUUUCUCGUGGCGAGAAUUUAUGAUUUGCCUAUUACUCUGCUCCGUUUCACUAUUUCUUUAUAUUUGUGUUGUUUUUGAUCGACUAGCUCUCAAACAUCACUUCUAUCCCGUUGACGAAUUUACCAUUGGUGACCUCGAAAUGGUUCGUGAAAUCGUCAAUAUAAUCGCUGCUGCCGAAACGAACGGCGAGAAGUGCGGCGUUCACUGUCAGUUUGGUCAAAUGCGGACUGGCACCAUUUUAGCCGCUUACCUUGCCUACCAUAAUAAAGUUAACGGCAAAGAAGCGAUCAAGCUGCUUAGCAAAAUGCGCCCGAAAUCAUUAUUUUCACCUGAAAGUGAGAAGGUGAUUUGUGCUUUCGCCGCUUCUUUGAACAACUAG